GGUGGCAGGGAAUUCCAGGGACUGGGAGAUUUUGGGGAAGAAGGGGCCGCAGCCGGAGAGAGCUUCGGGGAUGAAGCUGGGGGCCGUCUGCCUCCUGUGCCUGCUGCUCACCUGCCUGACCCUGCCCGUCGCCCACGGCCACCUCCGCCAGCGCUCCAUGGAAAUCAGGAGUAAGGAGAGCAUGAACCCAGACAUCGACCCCUCCUGGUACACGGGGCGUGGGAUCCGGCCGGUGGGACGAUUCGGGAGGCGGCGAGCCCUGGGCGAGGGCAUCCAUCCCGGGGGGGCAGCCUGUGCCCCCCACCGCCUUCACCCCCAGCCCCCCCGGGAGGAGCGGAGCUCCUGA